AUGGUUGAGACGAGACGUAGCUCUUCCGCUUCCAAGCGUUUCUGUUCUUCUUCUUCCCCUGAAGCGUCGACGUCAUCUCCACGGCCUAACAAGCGAUCUAAGGUCAAGAUCGAUGCCGCCGCCGCCGCCGCUGCUGCUGAAUCUGCGGAGCCGGCGGGGUCUUCGUCAGCGAGCGAAGUUCCGAUUGAAAAUCAAGGACCGACUUCGGAUCCUGGAUCGGAAUCUGGAGAGCCGGAGCUGGGAUCCUCUGAUCCGCAAGCUAUGGAUGCUGAGAAGCCCGUAGCCACUGAAUUGCCGGCGAUGGAGAACUCUCCUGAAGCCGAUGCUAACCCUGAAGUCGAAGUCCUGGCGACACCUACAAUUGCAGGUGAAGCUGUGGCGGAUGCUGAGAAGUCCAAGGCAGGGAAGAAGCGAGCUUACAAGGCUCCAUGGGCGCAGCUACUUUCCCAGAGUUCUCAGAACCCUCACCGUAUGAUGAGGGGCCCUGUGUUCACUGUUGGACGCCGGGGAUGUGAUUUAACAAUCAAAGACAAUUUCACGCCCAGCACCCUGUGUGAACUGAAGCAGACUGAUCUCGGAGGUCCGUCGGUUGCAUCGCUGGAGGUACUUGGGGAGAAAGUUCUCGUUCAGGUGAAUGGCAAGUGUUACCAGAAAGGUUCUUGUGUCCAUCUUCGUGGUGGUGACGAGGUUAUCUUCACCAUGUCUGGCAAACAUGCUUAUAUAUUUCAACCUCUCAAAGAUGAAAACCAUGCUGCUCCUGACAAAGCUUCUUCACUGAGUAUAUGUGAAGCUCGGGGUGCCCCUCUGAAAGGGGUUCAUGUUGAGACAAGGGCAGGAGACCCAACAGCUGCUGAUGGGGCCUCUAUAUUGGCAUCUCUGUCAAAGUACCGCAACUUCCAUCUUCUACCACCGAUUGCCAAAGCUGGCAAAAGGCAGCAAAAUCCGGAGAUUCCUGUGGUGCCUUCCAGUUGCAAUGAUUGCGUCUCAGAUACUGAGAUGAACGAUGCUGAUAGUAACAAUGAUAAUGCUGCUGUGGAGAAAACUGCUGCUUCGACCUCUUGUGCUGCCAAUGAGAAUCUGAGUGCCGAUGGCACUGGAUUGGAUCCUUUUCAAGAAGCUGAUGGUGGAGCUCCUGGUUCUGGUUAUGAAAUUAGACCAAUCUUGCGCCUUCUUGGGGAACCUUCUUCGUUUGAUAUAAGGGGCAUCUCCAAAUUGCUGGAUGAACGAAGGGAAGUGAGGGAAUUCCUUAGAGAAUUUGACCUUUCGUCUACUGUAUCGACUAGACGCCAAGCGUACAAGGAUAGUCUGCGAGGAGGAGUACUCAAUGCUGAAAACAUAGACAUUUCUUUGGAGGACUUCCCAUACUUUUUAAGUUCUACGACGAAGGAUGUUCUGAUAGCAUCCAUGUAUGUCCACAUGAAGGGUGGAAGCAAGUAUGCAAAGUAUGCAUCAGACCUGUCUACAAUGUGUCCCCGUAUCUUGCUAUCUGGACCAGCAGGGUCUGAGAUAUAUCAGGAAAUGUUGGCAAAAGCGCUUGCGAAAAGUUUUGGGGCCAAAUUGAUGAUUGUUGACUCUCUUUUGUUGCCUGGGGGAUCACCAGCUAGGGACUCCGAAUCUUCUAAAGAAGGUUCUAGGCGUGAAAGGCUGUCUAUGCUUGCUAAACGAGCUGUCCAUGCUGCUCAAGUAUUGCAACAUAAGAAACCAACUUCGAGUGUUGAUGCUGAUAUGACAGGUGGCUCAACAUUAAGUUCUCAGGCAUUGCCGAAGCAAGAAGUGUCAACAGCAACUUCUAAAAGUUACACAUUUAAAUCAGGUGACCGAGUAAAGUUUGUAGGCCCUUCAUCUUCUGCAAUUUCUUCUCUUCAAGGCUCAAUUAGGGGUCCGGCCGUUGGUUACCAGGGAAAAGUAGUCCUUGCAUUUGAAGACAACUGUUCUUCAAAAAUUGGGAUUAGAUUCGAUAGGCCUGUACCAGAUGGCAAUGAUCUUGGUGGCCUCUGCGAAGAAGACCAUGGUUUUUUUUGUUCUGCUAGCUCACUUCGUUUAGAUGGUUCUUCUAGUGAUGAUGCUGAUAAACUCGCUGUUAAUGAACUCUUUGAGGUCGCAAUAAGCGAGAGUGAAGGAGGUUCAUUAAUAAUUUUCUUGAAAGAUAUUGAGAAAUCUCUCGUGGGGAACAGUGACGUGUAUGCAACCUUGAAGAGCAAGCUCGAGAAUUUACCGGAAAAUAUUGUUGUCAUGGCCUCACAGACCCAGUUGGACAGCCGAAAGGAGAAGUCCCAUCCUGGAGGUUUCUUGUUUACUAAGUUCGGUGGCAACCAGACGGCUUUACUAGAUCUUGCAUUUCCGGAUACAAUUGGGAAACUGCACGACAGGAACAAGGAAACGCCUAAAUCAAUGAAACAAAUAACUCGGCUAUUUCCUAACAAAGUUGCCAUCCAGCUUCCUCAGGAUGAAACUUUGCUCGUGGAUUGGAAGGAGAAACUGGAACGUGAUACAGAGAUUCUGAAGGUUCAGGCUAAUAUAACCAGCAUCCUUGCAGUCCUCUCCAAAAACCGUCUGGAUUGCCCUGACCUUGGAACCUUGAGCAUCAAAGAUCAAACCCUUCCAUCUGAAAGUGUUGAGAAAGUGGUUGGCUGGGCUUUGGGUCACCAUCUUAUGAACUGCUCAGAACCUACAAUUAAAGACAACAAGCUUGUUAUCUCUGCAGAAAGCAUCAAAUAUGGCCUGGAGAUGUUUCAUGGGAUUCAGAAUGAAAACAAGAGUCUAAAGAAAUCUCUCAAGGAUGUUGUAACUGAGAACGAAUUUGAGAAGAAACUCCUGUCGGAUGUCAUCCCCCCUAGCGAUAUAGGUGUUUCCUUUGAUGAUAUUGGGGCUCUGGAAAAUGUGAAAGAUACAUUGAAGGAGUUGGUGAUGCUUCCUCUUCAGAGACCUGAAUUGUUUGACAAAGGCCAGCUAACAAAGCCUACGAAAGGUAUAUUGUUGUUUGGACCUCCUGGUACUGGGAAGACGAUGCUGGCAAAGGCAGUAGCAACUGAGGCAGGCGCAAACUUCAUCAAUAUCUCGAUGUCAAGCAUUACUUCAAAGUGGUUUGGUGAGGGAGAGAAGUAUGUCAAAGCUGUCUUCUCCUUAGCUAGCAAGAUUGCCCCGAGUGUCAUUUUUGUUGAUGAGGUUGAUAGCAUGUUAGGAAGACGUGAAAAUCCAGGGGAACAUGAAGCGAUGCGUAAGAUGAAGAACGAAUUCAUGAUAAACUGGGAUGGUUUGCGAACGAAGGAUAGAGAACGUGUACUAGUACUAGCUGCUACCAACAGACCAUUUGACCUUGACGAAGCUGUUAUCAGACGGCUUCCCCGGAGGUUGAUGGUUAAUCUUCCAGAUGCGGCAAACAGAGCAAAGAUAUUGAGCGUUAUUUUAGCUAAAGAAGAAAUAGCACCGGACGUUGAUUUAGAAGCAAUAGCAAACAUGACAGAUGGGUACUCAGGGAGUGAUUUAAAGAAUCUCUGCGUAACUGCGGCACAUCUUCCAAUCCGAGAGAUACUGGAGACAGAAAAGAAGGAGAAAACUGCAGCUCAGGCUGAGAACCGUCCCACACCACCAUUAUAUAGCUGCACAGACAUUCGUUCCUUGACAAUGAACGAUUUUAAGGCCGCCCAUGAACAGGUAUGUGCGAGUGUGUCUUCAGACUCAUCGAACAUGAACGAGCUUCAGCAAUGGAACGAGCUCUAUGGAGAAGGAGGAUCGAGGAAGAAGACGUCGUUGAGCUAUUUCAUGUAG